ACAUACAUACAUACAUACAUACACACACACCUACCAACACAUACAUACACUCACACAUACCGACAGGUUGAGUUUGUUACGAACUGAUACGAAUGAUGUAUGACACUCCGUCCUCCAGGUCUCGUUUUAAAAACUAAAACUAUUACACCAACUAUUGUGAUUAACAACAGCAAAAUGACACGUUUUCUCGUGCUUCAAUCAACAAUGAACUAUUCAGCAGUUUAUACGUUGACACAUUCCAGUUUCGUAAUAUAAUAUUUACACUAUGAUAAGAUUCUUUUCUAAAAAUUUUGUUUAGAUCGUUCACUCCUGCAUAUGUUGGGUCUUUACACUGUGUUCGAUCUGACUUCAGAACAAGAAAGUCGAUGCAGUUUGUGGGUGUUGAUAAAUAAAAUAACCUGCAUUGUAUUUUAAAGUACUGUAGUGGUAGUAGUUAUAAUACUUUUAUUGUAGAGCUAAUAAACAGAGAUGCUGCUUAUCCGUAUCAGUGGAGAUUUACAUUUUGGUGAGAGCAGAUGCUUCAUCGUGAUCAGUAUACACAAAGAGUCAAUUUAAAAUGCUAUAAUUUUUUUCUUUAUCGUAUUAUCCGUUGGAAGAAUAACCAUAGAAGACAAAGUGUUCAGCUGAUAUGAAUAAAGCAGGCCAAAGUCGUAGAUUAGUGUAUAGUUAUAAUGAUCAUUCCGAAUAUCACAUUUCUGGCAUUUAAAAAUUUUCUUUUGCAUCGCCAGAAGAUAAUAAUAUUGAAUAUUCGAGGAAAGGAGGAUGUUUUGUUUCUAUCUGUCGUGGCAUCAGUAUAGCAGUGGUGAUUUUUAUAUUUAUUUUUUUCAUAUCUUUCACUAUAUUUUUAGUACCAAGUAUGCAUACGAGCAUAAACCAAAUAUAACGUUGGAAGAUUUUCUUAAUCAUCGUGCCUAUCUGAUAGACAAACGAUCGCGAAUCCCAAAGCAUGUUAUUCCGAAACAUUAUAGGCUUUUUAUUCAACCGAUUUUCAAUGAAACAAGUAAACCCUUCUCGUAUAAUGGAAUUGUUUGGAUUACAGUAACAUCAAAAAAGCAUAAUAAUAAAAGAAUAGAGCUUAACGUUAAAAAUUUGUACAUUAAAUUAGAUGAUGUAACCGUUUUAAAAAGUAUACGAUUAACAAACUUAGAUUUUGACGAGGAUCUAGAUUGGGAUCUAAGCGAAGAGGAUAUAUUACCGCGUAUCAGGAACAAACGAGACACGAUCUACAAUGACAAAAUUGAAAGAAUGAAUAAUUCAAUGGAUUUUUCAACCAUGUCUAGUGAUGGGAAUAACGGUGAUAAAAAUAUAAAUACUUUCACUAAUGAUGGUGCAGGAAGGAGCAAAUAUUUUCAUCCAAUUUUCCCCUCGGAUGACUUUGUCACAAUAAAGAUACUAGAUUUAGAAUUCGACGAAUCAAAUGAAAAAAUGAUUAUCUAUCUUGGGACCGAAAUGAAAAAAGAUAUUUAUUACAUAGUAAAAGUGAAUUUUACAGGCAAUAUGACUAACGAAAAAGGUUUAUAUUAUACUCAUUACAAAGAUGGAAAUGGGAUUCAUAAGUAUGUGCAUUGAUGUAAUCUGGCAUGAAUUUAGAAAUGUCGGAGCUAAUGGAAAGGGAUGAGUUUGUGGUUGAUACGUAUAAUACUACAGGAAUGAUUCGAGCAUCCGAGAUAGGUUUCAUUAUAACCGAUAUGUCACCAGAACGGUACGAACUAACACCAGAGAUUUACCUCAUUGCAUACACAAGGAAUAUAUAUCACAACUAUAUGAAAGGCAUAGUUUCUAAAUUCGCAGAAGUUAUAAACAUAUACGAAGGAUAUAUGGGCAUGAAAUUUCCCUAUCGAAUUAUUAAAUAUGUUACAAUUCCUAAUACAGACAACACCGUCAGUGAAAUAAAAGAAGGAAUGAUUUUGUCUAGCGAAAAAAGAUUAAUUAUUGAUUUAAAUUACUUUCCCACAACGGAUGGAAUAUUAUUACGAGUUGUUUCUAAUGAAUUGGCAAAACUAUGGAUUCAUACCCUUGCAGACUACAAGAACAAAGAGUUGUACUGGUUACACGAAUCAAUUCCAUUAUAUUUAGAGACAAUCGCCCUAAAAUAUAUAAACAAUACUACUUACUCCGUAGAUGAUUUUUUAUUAGAAGGCAAACUGCGAGCUAUGCAGGAAGAAAUAAAUACAAGAACCACUGCUUUAAAUGUUAUUACAACUCAUUGGCAAGAUGAGGCACAUUUUGAACUAAAUAGAUUUAAAGGUCUCAGUCUUUUGCGUAUGAUGGAUUAUACAUUGGGUGAAACAACUUUUGAUGCAUUUAUAAGAAAUUAUAUCAUUCAAAGAAUGAAUAAUGAAACUGUAGAUAUUAAAGGUAUUCUAAAUAUUAUCAAACGUCAUACGGAUGCAACGUUCAACAAUUUCCUACUCAGUUGGACUACAAUGGAGAAAUACCCAAUUAUUGAAAUAAAACGAAAUAAUAAUAGUGGUUUUAGUUUGCAUCAAAAAAUGAUUCCGUUCGAAGAGGAUAUAGGAGAACAAAUUUGGACAAUUCCAGUAACAUUCACCAACGACAUUAACCAACAGACAUUUUUUGAGAAGAUACUAUGGUUGAAGGAUUCAAGUGCUUCACUUACCACCGAAGCAAGUUGUGAAUUGAAUACAAACAGCACAUGGGUGAUAGUGAAUCCAAGUGGAAUCGGGUAUUAUAGAGUAAACUACGAACGAGUUCAUUGGGUGAAAUUGGCUAGAAUUCUAAAUGAUAAUUUCAAAUCAUUUCAUUACGGCACCUUAACCGUUAUAGUUGACGACGCUCUAAAUUUAGCUAGACUUGGUUUAUUAGACUAUUCUAUUGCAUUCAACGUAAUUUCUUUUCUCCGAAAAAAUAAUGAUCUCUAUCAACCUUGGAAGAGUGCAUUAGACAAUCUUAAAUUUUUAUAUAACGCCUUAGAAGAUCAUCCCAACUAGGGUCAUCUCGAGAAAUUCUUAGAAUACCUGAUAGUUGAAACGUAUAAAAAUAUUUCGAUAUCUCCUGAACAAUCCCGUAAUCCUAUGAUUACGUCUCUUUUGAUAGAGUGGGCGUGUCGAUUAGGGGUGUCAGCGUGCAUUGAAGAUCAAAGACGUAUCUUCAACGCUAUAUUUGUAGAGAAAAAAACAUCACCCUUUGAUGUUCCGGAAAAUAAGCUUUCUUUCUCAAUAUGUACUGUUAUCAGAUACAGUGGGAUUGAGGAGUGGCAGCUGACUAGGCAAACGUAUUUGACAUCUGAGGAUAUAAAUCUUCGAAUAAUUCUUGUCAGAGCUUUAGGUUGUACUCGCGAAAUCAGUUUGAUUAAAAAAAAUCUUGAAUUACUUGACAAUCAUCAAUUUAAAAUGUACAAGCAUCACAUUCUUUCCUCCUUAAGUCAAAAUAAAAUAGCCCUCAAGUACACAUUAGAAUAUUUAUUGGAUGAAUGGAUUAAUCUCCGUAGUUACCUUACACUGAAAGAUAUUUCCGUACUGAUAAAUAAAAUUUCAACAGAAAAUGAGUUUACAAUGUAUGAGCAAAUAUUUUUCAAGUACUCUUACACAUUUCAAACUAUUGAUAAAGAAAUUUUGAAACGUAUGCGAGAUAUGAUAAUGAAGUUACUUGUAUGGAAAAAAACAAAUCGCUCCAAAAGUAUAUUACAAACGAUUCAAAUUGUUUUAAAGUUUAUCAAAGUCCAUUACGAAUAAAAUGAUUUUUUACUAAUUUU